GGUCCGCGCCUCUGCGGCGGCGUGCGCAUGCGGUUACUGCGAUGGGGGGGGAGGCGUUGUGGAUGUGGGGGGCGGCGACGUGCGUGAAGCUCCUCCUGGUGCCGUCGUACCGGAGCACGGAUUUCGAGGUGCACCGGCAUUGGCUGGCGCUGACGUCGUCCCUCCCCGUCUCCCGGUGGUACGUGGACGCCUCCUCCCCCUGGACCCUCGACUACCCGCCCCUCUUCGCCCUCUUCGAGCUCCUCCUCGCCCUCCCCGCCUCCCUCCUCGACCCCGCCAUCGUCCGCCUCCGCCAUGGCCGCGACUACUCCGCCCCCUCCGCCGUCCUCUUCCUCCGCCUCUCCGCCGCCGCCGCCGACCUCCUCCUCCUCCUCGCCGCCUCCCGCCUCUCCUCCUCCUCCUCCUCCUCCCCCCGCAGAGGAGCCCCAACCCUAACCCUAGCGCUCGUCCUGUGGUCCCCCGCGCUCCUCCUCGUCGACCACAUCCACUUCCAGUACAACGGGUACCUCCUCGGGAUCCUGCUCCUCUCCCUCGCGUUCUUGGAGGAGGGGAGCGAUCUCGCCGGGGGGGUCGCCUUCGCCGUGUUGAUCUGCUCCAAGCACCUGUUCCUCGUCGCCGCGCCCGUCUACUUCGUGUAUCUCCUCCGCCAUUACUGUGCGGGAGGGUUUGGGAAGGCCGUGGGAAGGUUCUUCAUCAUGGGAUCUGCGGUCGGGGCCGUCUUCGCCGCCGCGUUCGGCCCGUUCGUGUACUACGGCCAAAUGCGACAAGUCUUUAGCCGAUUGUUUCCAUUUGGUAGGGGCUUAUGCCAUGCUUAUUGGGCUCCAAAUUUUUGGGUGUUCUAUAUAGUUCUUGACAAGCUGCUAGCUUUUCUGCUUGCCAAACUUGGAUUCAAUAUCCAGACACCUAAGGCUUCUUUUACUGGUGGACUAGUUGGGGAUUCUACUCCUUUCGCCGUGCUUCCUCAGGUUACACCUGUCACAACCUUUUUGCUGGUUCUACUUGCUAUGUCCCCUUGCCUUGUGAAAGCAUUCUUGAAACCCCAACCUAAAAAUAUAAUUAGAUGGGUGACAUAUGCUUGUACCUGUGGUUUUAUGUUUGGGUGGCAUGUUCAUGAGAAGGCAUCGCUUCAUAUCACCAUCCCACUUGGCGUAAUUGCAAUGAAUAGCUCGGAUGAUGCAAGCCAUUUCUUUUUGGUGUCAAUUGUUUCCUGCUACUCCAUGUUCCCCCUCCUGUUUGAGGCACAAGAGUACCCAAUAAAAGUAUUGUUGCUGCUGAUAUACUCGAUUCUCAUGUGGGUAGGCUUUUCCUCCGAUUUUAGUUUAGGAACAGUUGUCGACCAAACUAAAGAGAAAGGUAGUUCAGGGGGCUCUACCAAGAAUGGGCUUAUCGGAUGGACUGGUAAGUCCUACCUUUUCGGAUUGGUUGCUGUAGAGUUAUAUGGUCAGUUAUUUCACCCCUAUAUUUUUGGUAGCAAGCUUCCAUUUCUGCCACUUAUGCUUGUCUCAUUUUAUUGUGCCAUUGGCAUGAUGUACUCAUGGGCAUGGCAGCUUUUGCAGAUAGUUAAAUUUACAUGACAUUUAUUUUAGUAAAUAAGCUAAGCUGCGUAGUUUUUUCCGUUUGUAAAAAAUUUUGCCUUGCUACUAUGUUAUUAUUUUAAGAUGUUAUAUUUAAAUAUAACGUGUAGGGUGCUCGAUC